UUAAUCUCGCGGUGUUCGGUCUCAGAAACGUUACUUAUUUCAAUUGCAAACCAAUGUUAUUUCCUAGUAUUCGAUUUAUUUAUAAAGAUUUUCUUUACAUUGGUAGUAACGUCAUUAUUACAGAUGCCUACAAAUAUAAUGAAUAAAACAUUAAAAUUACGUAUUGGAAAAAAAAGGAUUUUUCGAUUCAUUUUUUUUAGCUAGAUUAGAUAACGUUUGUAAACUCGCUUGCUUCAUGGUGUUGCGCGCGCUUGUGUAUUAUGUUGUGUUUGGGUAUGUGUGUGCGCGAUGGAUUUAUUUUUGGAGAAGGUAACUAUUUUUUUAACCGAAAAUGACUUCAGUGAAUAUUACUUCCUGCAAACCUACAAAGACCAGCACCUUGUAUGAAAGGAAUCGAAAUAAGAAUUACAGCAUGUACACCUACAAAACCCGGAAAGAGGAGAACGAGGCUAAAGAGAAGAAAAAUUCGUUAAUUAGAUCAGACACGUUUACUGUUUACAAAAAGGAAGAUUUAUUGACCAGGAGCGACACGUUCGUUAUUUCCAAAAGGAAUGUCGUGGCGAAGAAAAGUGUUACUUUCGUUAUCCAAAAAGAAUCAUGUGAUGAGAAUAGUCUGGAUUCGAUAUUGUCAGAAUCCAGUAAACUUUUUGAGGACGAAAACGACAAUGUGUACAAGAAAAUAGGGCACAUCCUAGAUGAUAUUAAGAAGGAUGUUAGCGUUAGCCUGAAGCGUGUUUAUAAACUGAUUAAAAUUAAAUAAAAGUAACGUUAAUGAGA